AUGUCAGGCCUCUACCUCAACAAAGCCGUCCCAAACACCUACCAAUACUUCCCGUUGAACGAACCUGAGAUCGGUGCUGCCCAGAAACCAGAGGAUGAUCAGAACUUGCUCUUGUUCAAACCUCUGACCAUCAGAGAUGUCGUCUUCAAGAACCGAAUCUUUGUGUCUCCCAUGUGCCAAUACAGCUCCGAUAAUGGCCAUGCCACUGACUGGCACUUCGUUCACAUAGGAGGCUUUGCCACGCGCGGAGUGGGCGCCAUCUGCAUGGAGGCCACUUCUGUAGUACCAGAAGGCCGUAUCUCUCCUCAAGACGCGGGCCUCUGGACAGAUACACAGAUUGAACCUCUUAAAAGGAUUGUCAACUUCGCUCACGCUCAAGGCUCCAAAAUCGGAGUCCAGCUCGCACAUGCUGGCCGAAAGGCAUCAAUGCACGCGCCUUGGGUUCAAAGUAAAGCAGGCAGCGAUGCGCGUGCAUUCGCCGACGAGAAUGAAGACGGCUGGCCGUCGCGCGUCUACGGACCAAGUGAAAUCCCCUACUCCUCACGGUACCCUAAGCCGAAUCCAUUGACAGAGCAAGAAUUGCUGGAUCUCGAGGAAGCAUUCUCAGCCGCAAUCGAAAGGUGUAAGAAGGCAGGAUUUGACUUCAUCGAAAUCCAUGGAGCUCACGGAUAUUUAUUCCACUCCUUCCUCUCUCCACUCUCCAACAAUCGAGCUGACCAAUUCGGUGGGCAGUCAUUGGAAAAUCGCCUCCGUUUCCUCCUCCGCGUUGUGAAGCGCUGCCGUGCGGCCUGUGACCGGCCGCUUUUUGUCAGAAUCAGCGCAUCAGACUGGGCUGAGUUCCCAGAGAAAGACGAAAGCGGUGUCUGGAAGCAAUGGGGUAUCGAACAGAGCAGCAUCCUCGUAGGAAAGCUAAAGGAGCUCGGUGUCGACCUCGUGGAUUGUAGCUCUGGUGGUAACUGGCGCGAGCAGAACAUCCCAGUGGUGCCUGGCUACCAAGUCCCUUUCGCUGAGGCUUUGAAGAAAGCACAUCCAGACAUGCCAGUCGGUGCAGUCGGCCUUAUCACUGAACCCGUUCAAGCAGAAUCCAUCCUCAAGAAUGGUCAGGCUGACAUCGUAUUCUUGGGCCGUGAACUAUUGAGAAACCCUCACUGGCCGAUAAUGGCAGCACAGAAGCUGAAUGUGAAGGUCAAACCAGCGAAUCAAUAUGAAAGGGCAUGGUAUUAG